GAAAAAAUUAUUUCGUUCUAUUCGCCAAGAUAUCGUUCAAUACAAAGAUAGACACAAAGAGAAUAUAAAUAUAUUAAGCUUAUUAAGUCACGAAGAAUCGCUCUGCUGACCCGUAUCGAUAUUACUCAUGAAUAACAAUGGCAUUAACAAUUCCAAGAAUAGUUCAGUAGCUUAUUUAAAAAUUUCGAAUGGAAAAUUAGACACCAAUAAGUUCGAAAAAGCCAAUUUCUUUAACAAAAAUUAUAAACAUUUUAACUUAAUAUAAAUUAAGAACGUACGUGUCAGAUAUAUUAUACUUCAUCUACUACAUCAUUAUAGUAGCGCCCCUAGAUGUUGUUUUCAGUGGUUACAACCCUCUCCUUAAAAUCGUGAGUUAUUAGAGAUAUUGAUAUCUAGAAAAAAGUCGAUGGACACCACGUUGUUCAGAGGAGAUAUAAUUCAAUAUUCGUCGUGGUAUUAACCAAGAAAGUAACUAUUUUCUCCUUUGAGGAACAGACCAUUCGUUUCGAAAAUAUACAUUUGCAUGAACCAAUUGUCGAAGCAUUUUUUCCAUUUCCAUAUUGAGAUAUCUCCAAUGCAUCUGAUUGAACGUAUCAACCGCUUCUUAGUACUUCUAGAGAAACGUUUACCUCGUAAUUCAUUGAUAAUUGUUCACAAAUUGUUUGGUUGAACUGAUGUGUGUAAGCUCGCAAUGUUGUGGUGGAGAUUAAUUCGUCUUCUGCAAUUGGUUUACUUCUGGUAACCCAACGCCGUUGUACUAUUCAGAAUUGAACGUUCUACGUUGUUCUAAUGGAAAAAUGGUGCAAUAUUCAAUAAAUUUUUGUUGGAUUUGGGUUGCAAGACCCAUACAGUCGAUUGCUCUUUAUUUUCGAGUUCGUCACCAGUUACAAUCUUUUGAAGCACCACGAUUGGAUUUUCUUCAACAUCUCUUUGCACCAAUCGACAUGCACGAAAUUCAUCUUAUAGCGAAUUGCAAUGAUGAAACAAUUCGGGAAACUAGCGAAACAUGAUGUCUUGAGAUGGUGCUUCAUCACCAAAAGUCGAAGCAAGUAGAUCGGUACAUUGUUGUUGGUUUAAUCCGGGUCGGAAGUCUAGAUCAAGAUUAUCAAGAUCAACAACUCAAAUAGCACUCGUAUGACACACAUUCUUAGUACGUUCACCGUUAGAUUUGACAUAUUCACAUCAGUGUUGCCAUAUCUUAAAACUUGAGUAGCAAUCUUCCUCUGAUGUGAUAUGAAUGAUAAUUUUGUAGUCGUGAAAAUUACUGGAAUUAUUCUGAUUUCCAUGCUUUUUCAAAAUAUAUUUAUAUAUGAAUGUGAUGCCAAGCUUUGGGGUAAAAAUAAGUAAUUUGUAGAGGUUGCUUGAGAUUGCAUGCUAGAGGUUCCUUGCGACUCCAAUUACGGAAGACCAGAAAGAAAAAUGUGCCUGUCUAGACAUAAAACACAAAAGAACACAGUUUUCAAAAAUUUUGAUAGCACUUUACACGUACCUGUAGCUUUUUGUGUCGGAAACGCCCCCGCAGUCGUACAUUUUGAUUCUGUAAUACCAACUACCUGUUAUGACAGCAAUAGAAAAAUUCUGUCGUGCGAUUUUUUCUAAUGUUGUGUUUUUUUGAAAAAGUUCUAGCAUACUUUGUAAUUAUCACGUCUACAUAAUUUUUUUUCAUAUUAUAAUCUGUAAUUACUGUACUUUUUGGUUUCAUAAACCAUUCGAUUAAAAUUUGGUGUCAAGAAAUGGUAACGAUUGUUCAUUAUUUAUAAAGUGAAUUAUAUAUGGAUUGAAACAUAGAAAUGAAAUAAAUUUCAUUAUAUUGAAGAAAUAUUUUAAAUGAAGAAUUACUCCAAAAGCAAACGAUGUCGAAUGGUAGUUAAUUUUUCAUCAAACAUUCUUGGAGACGGUGUCAAGCUCCUUCACUAUUUUCUUUCGAGAUUCUCAUAAAGUACCACUACGGUACUACUUUACAACGGACCCGACGGUUGAUUAACAUAAGAAUACCCCUUCUCUGCUACUUGAACGAAGUACUCUCUGGUUGGAUGGUAAGUUCAAGAACGAGACCGCGAUUUUAUGACUUGAAUUCUCGACCUCAACAUAUCAAUCUGCUCGAUUAAAUAUAAAUGAAGAUUUUAGUAGAGCAGGUGUACUAUUAAACAUGAAGUGAAGAAAACAGUGAACGAAAUAGUGUCUUCAGUUACAAAGCAAAAAUUAACUUUUUUAAUCGAGUGUCUGAUAAACAUUUGAAAAAUGUUAGGGAAAAAUGUUGUUAAGCUAACUAUAACAACUUUCUUUUUUUCCACACUAAAUUUAGCUUUAUCAAAGUUAACGCCAGCAUGCUCGGGAAGUUCUGGAUUGAAAUAUUUAUGGGGUGACGCCAUGGUUGAUUCUCCAGAUUGCGUAGGGCCUAAUGAAAUGCCAUAUCCAACAGCUGCCAUAGAUAGAAAUUUCAAAGCGUCUAAACUGUGGUUAGGUAAUUUUAGGACAGGAAGAUCUCAAAACACGAUAGAUCCGUUCAUAACGAGAAAUGUUCUACUUAGUGCGCAUCAACAAGCAUUCAAUGAUCAACCUCAAAUGAUCUUGAGACAUUCUAGAGCUACUAACUUACCGCAAUCGAAUAUGUGUGGAUCGACACCUCCUAGGUUAUGUAAAACGAGGUAUAAUACAACGGCACCUAUGUACGGUGUUUCCCUAACGUCUGGCCAACCAGUUACUAUUGUUCAAAAAUUUCCCGAUCUUCUUCAACAAGUAGUUUUUGAGGUUUGUGAAAGCUCGGAAUGUGACGUUGUUCGAGGAGAAUGCACUCAAACGUAUGUUCCCUACUUAUUUUUAGUCAUCCCUUUGGGACCAGUUACUCUUACAGGACAAGAUUAUGUUUUAGUCGAAAGUGGAUGCGUUUGUAGACCGAAAUAUGCUGGACAAAAUAAUGCAGAAGCUGCUAAUAUACCUGCCAUUCCCAGAAUUUAACACACAUAAAACUUUUUGGAAAUCAGAACAGUUCAUAUUUAUUGAAAUUUGGAAGUAGGAUAUUUUAUAGAUUUAAGACGAGAAUUUUGAUCAGACCACCUAUUCAAAGAUAUAAAUAUCAAUAGAAACGCUUAGUAACA